CCCGGCUGAUGUGGAGACAGGCAGUGAGCUGGUCUCCUUAGACUCGGGGUCUUUCUCGGAGGUGACAUUGUGAAGAUGGCGGAGGUGGCGCGGCGGUUGGUGCAGAAAGUGGUGACCGGCGGCCCCAAGCUCGCCCUGGCUGCUGCUAAUUACUCUAAACCACGUCUGGCUACCUUCUGGAAAUAUGCUCGGGUGGAGCUGACUCCUCCAACUCCUGGAGAAAUCCCAGUGGCUGUUGAAAGCUUCAAGGGUCUUGUGGCAUCAUUUAAAGCUGGGAGUUACAAACAAAUAACAGUAAAGGAAGCCCUGAGGAACACACUUGUGGCCACGGAAGUUGUGAUGUGGUUUUACAUUGGCGAGGUCAUUGGCCGAAGAAGCCUGAUUGGAUAUAAUGUCUGAACUCUAACCUGUGUUGGACUAGCAUUCCAUUGUAAAUGAAUGAAUAAUAUUUCAAAUUAAAUAAAGCCAUUAUUAGGACUUAAAA